AUGACGUCACGAAGUAAGAUGACUAAAGAUCUAAAACAUAUAACGCACGAGGAAAAGAAAGAAGAAAAGACAAAACCUGUAAAAAUACCAAUUAUAUAUCUCAAGAAAAAUAACGCACAAAGCAGCGGUCAUCUUAAUAUAGCAGAACCAGAAAAGCAACCCAGCAGAAUACCAAGGCGGAACAUAAGUUUCAUAAAGAAGAAGCCAUCUAAGGAUAUUGACCGCGUUUUCCUGCAAAACCAAAAUGUUCAGAGAGUACAAAUAUUUAAUUCGCCAGGUAUAAUACUUUUUUACGAGGGCUAUCGAGAAGGGUCGGAGGAAGAGCAGCUCCUUUCUUGCUCCACAACACGUACUAACAAGCCCUGUGAUUUAGUUUCAGGUUACCAUUCAGUUAACUCUCCAAGGAAUUAUACUGACUCACCCCAAUCAAGCUCCAAAGAAUCCAAAGCAGAUAUAAUAAGAAAAUAUUCGAUGCUGUUUAAGAAACGCCGCGAGCCAAAGAAGUCUGUCUCAACAGCUGAUAUAUCUAAGAAAAGUAGUACUGCAAAUUCAGUCAAAUCAAAGACUACAAAAAUAACUGACAACCGGGAAGUAAAAACAAAGAAUCCUUUACCUAAAAUGAACACUGAUAUUAAACCUCUGAAGCCCUCGAACGUUGGUUUUUACGCAACAUUCAAGUUUCCGUCAACACCGAAUCCAACUAAUAAAAGAGAACAUGGCACCAGUGCAGGCCCAAGUGUGCCUUCGUAUGUUGAAUGUGCGUCGGAGGUUCUGCAGAAAACCACCAAUUUCGAAACAGAAGGACGAGACACACCCAGCACAUUGAAUGGCAAAGAAAAUCUACCGAACUCAAGCCAGGUGCUAGAUGAUGUAAGCGAGAUAACUGAUCAGUUGGACUGGAGAUUACCAAGUUCGCAAUGCAGUACUAUCUUCAAGACCUCUAAGGAAUCAGAGACGACUGUCAGUACUUGGCACGGUCAGAGGGAAUUAUCAAGUGAUUAUUCCGCCUUUAAAUAUCCAGAUAAUUGCAGCUAUCACGAAUAUUUCUACCAUUAUUGUUGGCGGAAGGAAGUGAUUGGACGCGACAAUGAUCGGCGAAACCUUCGUGACUCGCACGGGAGGUGCAAAAAGUGCCAUAAGUAUAGGAAUUAUCCUACCAAGAGAGAUAAAAUGUCUAGAAGAUUAGUGAAAUUGAAAAACCGAAUUGCAUUAAGCCGCGUCUGCAAACAUCGCUUGAAUCGAGUGUGGAAGAAAACUACGCAGAGAUUUUCAGAUUGGUCUAAGUCAACUAAGUAUACUAAAUUUCGAAUGUUACAUUAUCUACAACGGUAUCAUUUCGAUAAUGCCGACGUUCAAACGACGAUGCUUGUCUAUCAUGAAACAGGUACGUCAGCACGGGCGAUGGCUCAGAAAUCGGCAGCAAUUACUACGGAAAAUGUCCAAGUAGCUACACGGAAUGAAUUAGUUGGAUCGAAUACUUCCACUGUACCUAAGAAUAAUCACGUGAAUGUUGGACCUUCUAUAUUUCCAAUGGUUGUCGAGAAACAAAAACCUCAAAUGAUAUCUGAAGCAAUAUCGGUUCAAAAAUCAAAAUUUUCAACGGAACCUAAACUUCGGGGAAGUGAACUUAUGAAAAACUCGAAAUAUAUUGAAACUGAAGGAGCCUGCCUUAAAAGUACGUCUACAAAUUUAGAAUGUACAUUGAUUCAAAAAGUAGAUCAGUGUUCAGAUACAAUGUGUUUGCCGAAGAGUACUGUUAGCGCACUGGUUUUUAAAAACGAAAUGCCGCGUCAAAUUUAUCCGCCGAAUAUGAUGAUCACAUGUCAUAAUGCAGGUACAGACAAGAUGAUAAACCCUCUACCGAUUUCUCCUACCGUUACCAUAAAAGCUGAAUCUAUGCUUCCGAGCGAAAACUCCAAAAGAAAUGAUUCCAUCCAGCUGAUCUCAAAUAAAGGUACAGACAUGAUGAUAAACCCUCUACCGAUUUCUCCUACCGUUACCAUAAAAGCUGAAUCUAUGCUUCCAAGCGAAAACUCAAAAAGAAAUGAUUCCAUCCAGCUGAUCUCAAAUAAAGAUACAUUAAUCCCUUGUAAACGUCUAGAGAAUAGUGGAUUGGCUAAACUAAAAACCCCUAAAGGAACAGUAUUGUCUUGUGCAGGAACGAAAAUAACUUCAGUGUCUUCAGUCAAUCUUCAAACCUGCUCCGCGUUCUGCAAACCAGCUAGUACUAUAAACACAGCAAUGACCACAAAUUUGGUUUCCACAAAGAAUACACAAUGCUUUACAGCGCCAUCUCUGUUCAGACGACGACAAAGGGAUACAUCUAUAGGUUUAGACGUGACAUUGGAGGAAAUGAAACACGACGGUUCGACUUCCACUAACGACAUUAGAGAUUUAAAAUGUGAUAUUGAUUUUCGCCCGACAACAUCAACAGUUUGCACCAAUACGGAAGUGGAAGUGACGGAACCUAUAGUGUUAUUGAACGCUUCUGUUUUAACAGAUCGAAGCAAAUAUACAACUGAAACGUGUGCACAAUACAGUAAUAAAGGCAGGAAUGAUUCCUUAGAGUCCGAACGUAUAGGCCGCAGUCAACUGAUGUCAGUUCGUAUGCUAGGAGACUCUGUUUCCGAUAUGUCUACGCAAGCCCAACCCUUAUUAAUAGAUGCAGAGACCCGUACAAUACCAAAGGGAAUAACUUCGGCCGCUGUUUUUACGUCACGCUUCGAAUUGGAUCGUAAUCCAAGAGAUUCUAAAGAAAACGCUAUAGAUCUAGGAACAGCUGAGGUGAAAACUGAUAUCAAAUCAAAUAAGGAGAUGCCUACCAAUAGCCAGCAAGAGAUGUCGCCACCAAAGCAGCAAGUAGUACCCUCCCAAGCUGAGAAAUCGAACCCGGUACAACCACGCCAUCCAAGUGUGGUUAUAUCCAGUAACUUAAAUGCUGCCAAGUGGAUGAACGGGUGCACCAAAGAUGAUUACCAAUCAAUUAUAGAUAUUAGCGAAAUAACUGUAUCAGAGUCUUUAGAGAAAGCCACUUUAGCUGUCGCUACCUCUAAUGCCUUCAACACGAAUUUGAGUGCGAAUCCGGAACCAGCUGUUAAUUGUAUGAGUACAAAGCCUCUAGAUGUUAUAUCGGCUGUUAAUUUGGCGGAUGUAUUGCCUAAAUUUGAAGGAAAUGAACAAAAUACACAACCCACGAACGAAAGGCAAGGAGAUAACGAAGGUAUAAAUGUAAAAUUACCCCUUCUUAUCGAGCGAAGAUCAGCUACUGUUCACACAUCUCGUCAUAUUCUAAAUAAGGCGAAGAUAUGUCACGGAGAAACCGCAGAUUGUCUAUACGUAUACGAUCGCGCCCGCUGCGUUGUUCAUAGUCAGCGGACCGACACGGGUGUCCAAAUUAAGUCCACACAUUCGAGAUUUGGGCAGGAAAAUAAAGUAAAACCGUGGCAAGAUAAUCGUACCGUGGGCGUAGUGACGUCAGUAUUAAAACCACAUUGUAGCCACAAACACACCAGCGGUUUGCUUGGCGAAGUUUUGACUCCCCAAGUGUACAAGACGCUGUACGAAACGUCGAGAUUAAUUGCCAAAGAGCGUUCUUUGUCGAAGGAAACUGGAAUUGUUGAGAACAAAGCAGAACGUUCUGUGCAAGUUCUAAGGGAUGAUUGGAGUUGUGUGAUCUGCCCAUAUUGUGCUAAGAAAUUUACAGCACACGAAAUUGAGAAUUUAGUUAAAAAACAUCUACCAAUAAACCGGGCAGAAAGGGACUUCGUCGAAGCGUGCACAAUGAAGCCAAGCGGGCGCCACGACAAGAAUUGUCAAGCGAAAUUCGCCCCAGAAUAUCUUUGCCAAAAUUGUAUUUUACCGCCGACAGCCAGCGCCACGGAUAUACGAGGAGAGGAAAGCCAUGACUUGCGAACUGUUUACUAUUUCCUUGCCGCCAUCGAAGGGAGAGUACGCAGAUUGAAACAAAAUUUGUAA